CAUAGUCACGGCGUACACCCGACCGCAAAAAACAACAGAACGGCGGGUAAACACCUGCCGCAUACCACAGAUACAAAUGGCGACGAAAUCGUGCAAGAAGUUGAAGCAGAAAAUGCUUCAAAUGCACCUCACCUCGGCCACCAUGCUGGAUAUGGCGGGACAAGAUGGCGCCGACGGCCCGAGCUCACCAACCUCCAUUUCGGAAGUAAGUGAUCCUGCUCACAGCAUGGCUGACUACUCUGCCCCAGUUACAACUGCCACUCUCAAAUCCUUACUUGCAGACCUCAAAUCCACAUUCCACACAGACCUCAUGCAAAUAGCAUCAGACAUCAG